GAACAAAGUCAAUGCCACUUUUACGCUACACGUAUAAAAGCUUCAUAAGUCGUGUAGAUCAUCAUCAUAGUUUUUGUGAGUUUUGAAAAUUUGAUCAUUAUACUAGAACAUUUACAUUCAAUUUAAUCAUGUAUAGAGUUGCAAGCGCCUCGGAAUACUUGGUGAUCACCGGAGCCGGAAUCCGGGACAUCAAGAUCUCCAAGAAAUCAUGGGUUUUCCCGGGACAAUCCUGCACCAUUUUCGACAUUUCCCCGGUCAACUACACCUUCCAAGUCCAGGCCAUGAGCGCCGAGAAGCUCCCGUUCGUGCUCCCGGCCGUCUUCACCAUCGGCCCGCGAGUCGACGACGAAGAAAGCUUGUUGAAAUUCGCCAAGCUGAUUUCUCCCCACGACAAGCUCUCCAACCACGUGAAGGAACUCGUCCAGGGGAUCAUUGAAGGAGAAACUCGGGUCCUCGCGGCAUCCAUGACGAUGGAGGAGAUUUUCAGAGGAACUAAGGAGUUUAAGAAAGAAGUGUUCGAGAAAGUUCAACUUGAAUUGAACCAGUUCGGGCUUUUGAUUUACAAUGCCAAUGUGAAACAGCUUGUGGACGUUCCGGGUCAUGAGUACUUCUCGUACUUGGGUCAGAAGACCCAAAUGGAAGCUCAAAAUCAAGCUAAAGUUGAUGUUGCCGAGGCUAAGAUGAAGGGGGAGAUCGGGGCGAAGCUUCGUGAAGGUCAAACACUUCAAAAUGCAGCCAAGAUUGAUGCGGAAACUAAAGUGAUUUCUACUCAGCGACAAGGAGAAGGGAAAAAGGAGGAAGUGAAAGUGAAGACUGAGGUGAAGAUUUUUGAGAAUCAUAGAGAGGCUGAGGUGGCAGAGGCUAAUGCUAUAUUGGCCAAGAAGAAAGCCGGUUGGUCUAUGGAGGCUCAGGUGGCGGAGGUGGAGGCUGCUAAGGCCGUCAAGCUCCGAGAAGCCGAGUUGCAAAGGCAAGUCGAAUCCAUGAAUGCUUUGACAAGGACUGAGAAGCUUAAGGCUGAGUUCUUGAGCAAAGCUAGUGUUGAAUACGAGACCAAAGUACAAGAAGCAAAUUGGGAAUUGUAUCAGAGACAGAAGCAAGCAGAGGCUUACUUAUAUGAAAAGAGCAAACAAGCAGAGGCCGAGAAGGCCAGCGCGAGCGCGGCCUUAUUUGCAAAACAACAGAAGAUUGAUGGAGAGUUAUAUGCAAAGGUAAAGGAAGCAGAAGGGCUCAAAGCAAUGGCUGAAGCUCAGGGGAUGUACUUGCGCACCCUUCUCGACUCCCUCGGUGGGAGUUACGGAGCUCUUAGGGAUUACCUAAUGAUCAGUGGCGGAAUGUUUCAAGAUUUGGCCAAGAUUAACGCUGAUGCAAUACAAGGAUUGCAGCCUAAAAUUAGCAUUUGGACUAAUGGCGGUGGUGAUGGAGCCAUUGGCAGCAAUAACAGUAUUGUUGCUGGUGGUGCAAUGAAGGAAGUUGCACAAGUUUACAAGAUGUUACCCCCAUUGUUGAGCACUGUGCAUGAACAAACUGGAAUGGUGCCUCCAGCUUGGAUAGGCAGCAUCAACAACACUGAUUCCAAAUGAAAAUUCUUUCCCUGGUAUUUGUUAUUUUUUCUUUUUAUACUUGCAUUCCGGAAUUUUCCCAAUUGUGGGGAUCGAAUCAUGUUUGUUUACUGGUUCUUUGGUCUUAAUUAAUGAGUUUGGUCAAUGUAUGUGUGUGGGAGAGAUAUGUGAGCACAUUGUGUAAGCAGAUUGUAAGACUCUUUUGUGUAUGUUGCUUGUAAGAUGUUCAAUAAAAAGUCCAUUGUGAGAAUCCUGGAAUAUAUGUAAAAUGAAUCAGUGCAUAUAAUCACCUUAGAAUCAUAACACAUAACUACUUAGCUGAGCAAUUAUAUGACUAAAAUAUCCAAAUGGUCCCUUAUAUUUGGGCUUACUUGAUUUUAUGUCUCUAACAUUAACAUUUCAAUAUCAUAGUCCCAAAUAUUAUGUUUUCACACUUUUUUUGUCCUAUUUUACUGUUUCG